AUGAAUUCCAUAAAUGGCAUCCCGAUCGACGGGAAUACGGAGAUCGACGACCUAGCUCUGGUUAUGCACAUCGCCCAGAACGAGAACGAGCGCAUACGUCAGUUGGAGGCCCUCGGACGGCCUGUUUUCGACACCUACGUCGCGCCCCGCGAAGCGAGUAGUGACUCUGAUUCUGACGACUCGGGGGAUGAUCUGGAUCUCGUGCGUCGCGAACAUCACGUUGGAAGCGCUGGCACAAAUGCUGUCGAACAUGACAAAGAAAAGGAAUAUCAGCCUGCCGUUGAUCCUGAAUUCCCGAUUGACAACAUCAGGAUUAUUGACACCGUAGACUUGCCAACAAAGGUGGCAGAUCGGUUCCCCAUAGCUCCUAUAGGGGUUUGCACCUCCGUUGUGGGUCGCGUGGUCGUUGCGCAGUGCACGGAGCCUCGUCGCGUACUAGAUCUAGGUUCUAUCGUCUGUUUGAACGACAGACGUAUUAUUGGGACGGUUAGCGACACGUUCGGCAACACCAGUGCGCCAUUUCUCAUGGUGGUGUGCCGAGACCCUAGCAUGGUGAAGGCGGGCGAUCCCGUGUAUUACGAUGUUAGGCACAGCACACUGGUCACCGACCUCAACGUAAUGGAGACUGCAUCCAGCAUAUCAAGCGGCGAGGACAGCGACGAAGACAACCCCCCGAAAAAUGAAUCUGUGCGCCAACCCGUCAAGCUGAAGCAGUACUACAACGACUUGGAGUGUCACUAA